AUGGGAAGACGACGUGGUGGAGCUGGGAAUGUUCACCUCAGCACGCUGAAGAACGUUCGUGCAGUUAUCCUUGGAAAAGACGGCGUUGGAAAGUCAGGUAGGAAUCGUGAAUGCUGCGGCGUGUAUCGGCAGUCACUGAAGAAAAAUUAAUGUAACUCAAAGUUCGGAUAGCGCUAUUAAAGCCGCAUACCGGCAGUUACUAAUCUGAACAAUACAAGUUUUUUUAUUGAACAAGAUCAUUAAUUCGUAAGAUUUCCCUCACGCUGGACCAUAAAUGACUUUAUGGUUGGUUUACACAAGAGUAACUGCAGGGUGAAAAACGUAAACUAGUGUGAGAGCUUUAUUCCUCCUUUGCCACAUUUUUGAACCAAAGGUACGUGUCUGAAUUUAGAAAGCUGUUUCAUUAAAUUAUUUGUCUUUAUGUCAUUAUGUCGGUGUUACGAUUCAUGAUCAUGAACCUAGGAACUGAAAUCUGGCCUUAUUCCAGGUUUAGUUACAUUUUAUUGGUUCCCUGUUGGUCACAAAUUCCUGCUGGUGCAGUUUAAGACAUUUUGUUCCCAGCUCCUUUUUAAAUUGGUUAUGUUUAUUAUAUCCCAACGAAAAAUUGUGCACCAUAAGUAUAUUGAUUAUAGGUUAGUCACAGGCCCUCAUACAUAACCGCAAACCGAGAUGUAAAUUUGUCAACUCUAAAUUCUGCAUAUAACAUCACUCUCUACAGGUUUCCAUACUCUGCUUUAUUUUUGUUUUUUCUUUCACGCUGCCACCUGAGGAAAGUUUCUUAAAAAAUGUAAUUACUUCGUAAACACCAUCGUUAAAUUUGUAGCUUUUGUUUUUCUUUCCUCUUCCCUUUUGGUUUCACAACAAUUCAGACACCAAAGUAAUUCAGUCAGUUUGAAGUUCUAAAGGCACCGCCGCCGUCACGUUUCUUUCUUGCUUCUUUAGAGAAUUAUUCAGUGUUUAUAAUUUUGACUCAGUGAGCAACCACAAAUCAUCGAUAAUCUCUCUUAACUCAGAUUUCAAUAAAUCAAAUCUAUUGAACCAUUUUACGCUCCCCUAGAGAGUUUGUACUGAAAAUGGACAGUCGUUUCGACAUCGCUGCAUUUUUAACUGCAUCAUAAAAAGUCAACAAUUCAACUUUUUCUGCUAUUUUAGAGCCUGUUUUUAGUUUUUGCGCAAAAAAAGCUUUAAAUAUGAUUUACAAAUAAAUGUGUUCUCUAUUGUUGUUUUAAUCAAUUAUGACACCUCUGCGAUAAGCUGCACUGAUAACUGAAGUGUUCAAUGUAUUAAUUGAAGUAAUUUACCCCCUACAGCUCUGACUGUUCGAUUUUUGACCAGACGUUACAUUGGAGAGUAUGAUAGCACAUUAGGUAAGCUUUAUAAAUAAUUAUCUUUCAAGCGUUCUGGUAGCCUGCGAAAUCAGCCGUCUCGUCUCCUCGCUCCUGACCGCUAGGGACGUUUGCCACCCCGCGAAAAGUCCCCAGAAGCGAGGAGCGAAGAGAAACGGCUGUUUUCGCAGGCUACGGCGUUCCAGGUUUCACAUUGAGUAACUUUGAAAAUUAUAUUUGAAAAGUUGGAUACUAGUUUCCUCCUGGCUUCGGUAAUGCCAUCGUUCUUUGCAAUCUGAUUGGAUUCAUUUUAUUUCCUAUCGUUGCUCUUCUCUCGGAAGAAGGAGUAUUAUUUUUUCGUGAACAUCGCUUGUGGUUGCAUUUCCAGUGACGAAUAGUAGCUGGGGGUUUCACUGAAUCCUAUUGAAGGCUUAGCUGCGGAAACAAGCGGUGAAAUUGCAAGAAGUGGAAGUGACAGUGAAAUGGGAAGGGUGGUUCCCCUUUUCCUCCAUUUCUCUCACUGCAUGCUCACUGCAUGAUUAAGAUUUUGACCAACUGGUCUCUCAGGGUUAGCCUACAAGCAAGUAGUCUCGGGCGUCGGGUCUCGGACAGAUGCGAUUCCGACCUGAUUUCAUAACACCAAUUUUUCAUGUGACAACAACACUAUGGUGAAAUUCGAGAUUUGGUUUCGAGUCUCCUUUUUACAACUUUAUGCUAAGGAGACCUGGCGGUUCGACGACUUUCUCCUUUUUCAGGAGCCCAUUAUCCCUGCAAGAGAGAAUCUCCUGCCUUUGACUGAAGCUGUUGUUCUGUUCUCCAACAGAAUGUUGAUUAACUCAAAACUUAUGAUUUUUCACACUGAUCCAACAGAAGCAACUUACCGACAUUACCUGAUUAUUGAUGGUCAGUCCAUAUCCUUGGACGUCAUGGAUACUGCUGGAAAGGUGGGUUCUAAGUUUAAAAACUCCAAUUUUUGUCUCGCUUUUCUGUUUAUACUGAAUGUGUUGUUGUCGCUUUGCUUAAAAAGACUUUGCAGAAAAAGCAUGUCAUCCCUAGCUUUUACAAUCCUGAAAUAAGGAGUGGCCGCUUCAAAGGAAAAAGUAGAACAAGAGUGUUAUAACUUUUAUAUUUCAGUUAACCCUCGGACGUACAAGGGGGGGGGGGUGGAUAUCACCCCCCACCCUCCCCUUAAGGUUUUACUGAGUUUUUUCCUAGAGGAUAAAACAUCAGCACCUGACGUUUUCAGUAGCUGUUCGUUCAUCCCUCCCGCAAAGUUUGAGACAAGUUCAGUGAUGGUCAGUUGCUAUGGUUACGAGAUAUGAGAUCAUAAGUAGCACGUGGCCAAGCCAUUUUUGAGCAUAUAACAAAAGUAAAUCUUGUGGCUAAAUAUCAUGCAAAGUGCGUAUGUGUUAUUUUUCUUGUAAAGCUCAAAAAAUUACCAUUUCUCGCGGUUUUAGCCUGAUUUCUAAUUCUCGGUAAAAUCCAAGAUGGCAGGCAAGAUGGCGACAAUUGUGAAGUAUAUAUGAAAUAAUUCAUUUUUGAACUGCGGUUGUAGAUGAAAGUGAAGAAUGAUCAUCGCAGUAAAUUUUCCAAUUUAAGCAAUUGGAAAGAAGAAGCCUGAAAAAAAAAAUCAGGGCUUCAACGGGAUUCGAACCCGUGACCUCCGCGUUACCGGUGCGUUGCUCUACCAACUGAGCUAUGAAGCCACACGUUGGGAGCGAGGUCAAUUUUUUGAACUGCGGUUGUAGAUGAAAGUGAAGAAUGAUCAUCGCAGUAAAUUUUCCAAUUUAAGCAAUUGGAAGGAAGAAGUGUGAAAAAAAAAUCAUGGCUUCAACGGGAUUCGAACCCGUGACCUCCGCGUUACCGGUGCGUUGCUCUACCAACUGAGCUAUGAAGCUACACGUUGGGAGCGAGGUCAAUUUAUUGAGUUCAUAUCUCCCGUGAGGAGUGAAAUGAUGUGAAGUAUAUAUGAAAUAAUUCAUUUUUGAACUGCGGUUGUAGAUGAAAGUGAAAAAAAUCAGGGCUUGAUGUGAAGUAUAUAUGAAAUAAUUAUUGUUGGUGACGUCACAGGCCUCCAGGAGGACCACUACCCAUAAAAUAUACCUCAUUUUUUUUAAGAAGAUCAUAGGCUUUCCACUAAAGGUAAAAUCGUUUCGAAAUACUGCAACAUAUCAAAAACUCCGGGGAUGGCUUCCAUCCACCUCCACCCCCUUCCCGCCCCAUGUAGCACGGUGGGGGUAUGAAUUUGCGUGUAAGUCCGAUGGUUAAGACCGGAGGUCAAUUAUCCGAGUUUUAAAACCCUCACUUUCAGAUGGGCUUGUAGCAGUGCAGCCCUGUUAUGUCAAACGUUAGAUAUUUCAUAAACGUUUUUUUUAUAUUAGGAGGGUCUCGCUUCUUGAUAGGCUUUGAUGUAUCUCCAUCAUUUCAUAGAUUUGAUUCUCUUCGAAACGGUCAAAAACCUACAAUCCUAAAACACGUUUUUCAACAGUGAAUAUUAGUCCACACUGUUCUCUGCAGAGCUUUUCCACUCCUCCCAUUCACUUUGAAUUUCCAGUUUAUAAUCGUACAGUUAUUCAAGUUUUUUGUCAACCAAAAUCAAGAAAUAUCAACCGUUUGCCAUAAGAAAGGCAAAGUAUCUUCUGUUAGCCGUUAAAUCCUACCACCCCAUUAAAGAUUAGAUAGCCUGUUCUCUCAGAUACUAGGGAUGACGCGUAAUUGAAACUGCACGCGAAAAACGGUGAGCGAGCUUCCUCAAUUUCGCUGACCCGACUAUCUCGAAGCCUGGAACAGGCUACAUCGAGACUCUCUUCGAAGACUUCACAUUUAGCCUCGUUUUUGAAAAACAUAAAGACUAGAGGCAACUCGGUACCCUAACGUUAAGGCUUAUGACAUAGUCUUGCCGUUUUUGUGCUUUUUCCCUAACUUGUUCCUUCCUACAUUUUUUGUUUUAAUAGAAUUCAAUGGAGAAAAUGCAAUCGUGCAUUGCUUUUGCGGAACUCUUCUUUGUGUUGUACUCAACGACAGAUCGCACCUCGUUUGAGGAAGCAUCCCUUUUAACACGCUAUAUUUUACGUUUCAAAUCCCUGAACUCUAUGGCUACAGUCAUUAUCGUAGGGACAAAAAGCGACCUCACACAUUUGAGAGAAGUUGAAGAGCAAGAGGGAAAGCUCUUGGCAAAAAAAUUGAACUGUGAAUUUUAUCAAAUAUCUAACUCUGAGGGAUAUGUUGAGACGCAAGAGCUACUCUUGGCUGCUUUGAGGCGGUGCCUUGAUAAGAAUAAAGGGUCCCCGUUGUCAAGGGUCAAGGAUGGCCUCGUGGAAACAGCCAAGUCAUUCCGGAAGAAAUCUAGUGGAAAUGAGCAACCAUCUGAACGAGAUACAUUAAAAUCAACGCGGACGAAAUCUGUUGACCAUGAAGUUUCAGAUGGAGGUGAGACGCCAGAACCAUUGAGAACCAAAACGUUUAGUUUUAGUGAAGAAAGAGAAAAGAUAGCUGAACCUUUGAGGAAAAUAUCAUCCAGUCAUGAGGAUCUAUCUGAGGAAAGAAGGAAAUACAGAAAUUCAGUGACAUCAACGGCAAGUUUUUAA